CUAUACAUUCAUCUUCCUUCCUUCCAAUCUUCACAUCAAAUUCCCUUUCUCUGUUCUUCCUCAAGAUUUCUAGGUCAAGAUAUGAAGUUCGGAAAGAGUCUAACCAGUCAAAUCGAAGCCACAUUACCUGAAUGGAGAGACAAAUUCCUCUCCUAUAAAGAACUGAAGAAACGGUUAAAGAUGAUCGGCGGCGAUGAUCGAGAAUCCAAACGCCCAAAGCUUUCCUUUUCCGGAUCAGGAAUCGAUAAUAUAACCAAAGAAGAGAACGAUUUCAUCGAUUUACUUGAAAUCGAGAUCGAGAAAUUCAAUUCGUUCUUCAUCGGCAAAGAAGAAGAUUACAUCAUCAAAUUAAAGGAUCUGCAAGACAGAGUUAUGGAUUCAGAUAAUAACAAUGAAGAUAUAAUCAGAACACGAAAAGAAAUCGUCGAUUUCCAUGGAGAAAUGGUUUUACUAUCAAACUACAGUUCAAUUAACUACAUCGGAUUAGUGAAGAUUUUAAAGAAAUAUGAUAAGAGUACCGGCGCUGUUCUUCGUCUUCCGUUUAUACAAAAGGUAUUACAACAGCCGUUUUUCAUGACUGAUUUACUUUACCGGUUGAUUAAUCAGUGCGAUGCUCUUCACAACCGAGUUCUGCCGGCGACGGCGACGGCGAAUGGUACAUCGUCAUCACAGAAUGUGAUUAUUCCGGCGAUUAAUGGACCGGAGAUGGAGUAUGUUGAGAGUUUGUAUAUGAGGAGUACUAGAUCGGCUUUACGAGCUAUGCAAGAGAUUAGAAAGGGAAGUUCUACUGUUAGUGCUUUGUCUCUUCCGCCUCUGCAACUUGUGGCGGAUUGA